AUUUGACUUGUGGGGUUUGGAAGUCUAGAGUUUUCCCUUGUUUUGCUGGCCAGUGCACGGCCUUCCACAGUGGUUUUAGAAGGAAGUUAAAUGAAAACCAAAAGUUAAAGUCGGUCCAGCAGGCCGGGCCGGAGCCACGAAGGUUCAGCUUGUCCCAGAGAGAAAGGGGCCAGCGGAGAAGUCCGGCAUCAAAGAUGGGUCUGCACUGCCCCUGCCAGGCACGCACGGGCGUGGCCCUGCUCUUCUGGCUGCUCUCCCUCGUCGACGCCAUCGAAGUGCCCCUAGAUCCAAGCAUCCAGGAAGAGCUACUGCAGCCCCCAACCAUCACCAAACAGUCAGUGAAGGACUACAUCGUGGACCCUCGGGACAACAUAUUCAUCGAGUGCGAAGCUAAAGGGAAUCCAUUUCCCAGCUUCCUCUGGACCCGCAACAGCAAAUUCUUCAACAUCGCCAAGGACCCCCGAGUGACGAUGCAGCGCCGGUCUGGUACGCUAGUGAUCGACUUCCGCAGCGGCGGGCGGCCCGAGGAGUACGAGGGCGAGUACCAGUGCUCUGCCCGCAACAACCUCGGCACGGCCCUGUCCAACAAGAUCCGCCUGCAGGUGUCAAAGUCCCCCUUAUGGCCCAAGGAGAGCCUGGAUCCUGUCGUGGUUCAGGAAGGGAACCCCUUGACGCUCCAGUGCAACCCCCCACCUGGACUCCCAUCCCCAGUCAUCUUCUGGAUGAGCAGUUCCAUGGAUCCCAUCGUCCAGGACAAGCGGGUUUCCCAGGGCCAGAACGGGGACCUUUACUUCUCCAACGUCAUGCUGCAGGACACCCAGACCGACUACAGCUGCAAUGCGCGCUUUCACUUCACCCACACCAUCCAGCAGAAAAACCCCUUCACACUCAAGGUCCUGACCACUCGAGGAGUCGCGGAGAGAACGCCCAGCUUCAUGCAUCCCCAGGGGACGUCAAGCAGCCAGAUGGUGCUCAGGGGCACGGACCUGCUGCUGGAAUGCAUCGCUUCAGGAGUCCCAGCGCCAGACAUCGCCUGGCACAAGAAAGGGGGUGACCUUCCAGCUGGCAAGGUCAAGUUUGAAAACUUCAACAAGGCCCUGCGCAUUAUCAAUGUCUCAGAGGAGGACUCGGGGGAGUAUUUCUGCCUCGCCUCCAACAAGAUGGGCAGCAUCCGGCACACGAUCUCGGUGAGAGUGAAGGCGGCUCCCUACUGGCUGGAUGAACCGAAAAACCUCAUCUUGGCUCCCGGAGAAGAUGGGAGGGUGGUGUGUCGGGCCAAUGGGAACCCCAAACCGACUGUCCAGUGGCUGGUGAAUGGGGAACCCCUGGAAGCAGCUUCCCCCAAUCCAAGCCGCGAGGUGGCCGGGGACACCGUCAUCUUCCGGGACACGCAGAUCGGCAGCAGCGCCGUCUACCAGUGCAACGCCUCCAACGAGCACGGCUACCUGCUCGCCAACGCCUUCGUCAGCGUCCUGGAUGUGCCCCCCCGAAUGCUGUUCCCCCGGAACCAGCUCAUCAAGGUGAUCCACCUCAACCGGACUCGGCUGGACUGCCCCUUCUUCGGCUCCCCGAUCCCCACGCUCCGAUGGUUUAAGAACGGGCAGGGGAGCAACCUGGACGGCGGGAACUACCGGGUGUUCGAGAACGGCAGUUUGGAGAUCACCAUGACCCGCAAGGAGGACCAGGGCAUCUACACAUGUGUGGCCACUAAUAUCCUGGGGAAAGCGGAGAACCAGGUCCGCUUGGAGGUCAAAGACCCCACCCGGAUAGUGCAAGUGCCCGAGGACCAGAUGGCCAAGAAAGGGGCCACGGUGCGGUUGGAGUGCCACGUCAAACACGACCCUUCCUUGAAGCUCUCGAUCAAGUGGCUGAAGGACAACGAGCCGCUGUACAUCGGGAACAGGUUGAAGAAGGAGGAUGAGGCCUUGACGAUCCUGGGUGUGGCCGAGCGGGAUGAAGGCCUGUAUGCUUGCGAAGCCAGCACGGAACUGGACCGAGCCGUAGCCAAGGCUUACCUCACCGUCCUAGCCACUCAGUCUGUUCCAACUAACCGUAUGGCCGUCUUACCCAAAGAGAGGCCAGAACGGCCCCGCGACCUGGAGCUGACUGACCUGGCUGAGCGGAGCGUGAGGCUCACCUGGAUCCCCGGGGAUGACAACAACAGUCCCAUCACAGAUUAUAUCGUCCAGUUUGAAGAAGACCAGUUCCAGCCAGGCCGAUGGCACAAUCUCUCCAAGUUCUCAGGCAGCAUCAACUCAGCCGUCCUCAAGCUCUCUCCGUACGUCAACUACCAGUUUCGGGUGAUCGCCAUCAACGAGGUGGGGAGCAGCCUUCCCAGCCUCCCCUCUGAGCGCUACAGGACCAGCGGGGCCCCCCCAGAGGCCAACCCUUCAGAUGUCCAGGGGGUGGGAAGCAGGAAAAACAACAUGGAGAUCUCAUGGACGCCCAUGAACGCCACCCAGGCCUACGGCCCCAACCUCCGUUACAUCGUCAAGUGGCGGCGGCGGGACACGCGCGAGAGCUGGAGCAACGCCACGGUGAAGGGCAACCGCUACGUGGUGUGGCAGACGCCCGUCUACGUGCCCUAUGAUAUCCGCGUGCAGUCGGAGAAUGACUUUGGGAAGGGCCCCGAUCCUGACACCAUCCUCGGCUACUCGGGAGAAGAUUAUCCCAAGGCGCCCCCGACUGAGGUUAAAGUCCGCGUCCUGAACAGCACGGCGGUCAGCCUGCAAUGGAACCGUGUGUACCCCGAUACUGUCCAGGGCCAGCUGAAGGAGUACCGAGCGUAUUUCUGGAGAGAAAGUAGCCUGCUGAAGCAUCUGCGGGUCUCUCCCAAGAAACAGUGGACCAGCUUCCCCGGAGACCGCCUGCGGGGUGUGGUGUCUGGGCUGUACCCUUACAGUAACUACCAGCUGGAGAUGGUCGUGGUCAACGGGAGAGGCGAUGGGCCCCGCAGUGAAGUCAGGGAGUUCACAACCCCGGAAGGAGUACCCAGUGCCCCCAGGAAUUUCCGAGUCCGGCAGCCCAACCUGCAGACAAUCAACCUGGAGUGGGAUCAACCGGAGCACCCCAAUGGAAUCCUGACCGGCUACCAUCUCAAAUACUUGGCCUUUAACGGAUCCAAAACGGGAAAGCCGUUGGUGGAAAGCUUCUCUCCCAACCAGACCAAGUUCUCCAUCACCAGAGCGGAUCCGGUGUCACGAUACCGCUUUACCCUGAGCGCCAAGACCCAGGUGGGUCUCGGGGAGCCAGUCACUGAGGAGUCACCAGCUCCCUUGAAUGAAGCUACUCCGACCCCAGUGCCGUCUACUACGUUCCCUCCAACUACAGUUGGUGCAGCGGCCAGUACCCUCGCCACCGUCCCCACCACCGUCCCCUCCACUCCUACAGACGCUCCUACCACCACCACUACAGCCGCCACUACUACCUCCGCUGCCGCCGCCACCACCACCGAGAGUCCUCCCACCGCCGUGACUAAGAUUGAAGACCUCGCCCCUUCCGGACAGACCAUAUGGAACCUCACAAUACUGGCUAACAGUAAAUGGGCCAACAUCACGUGGCAGCACGAUCUUGAGCCGGGAACUGAGUUUGUGGUUGAGUACACCGACAGAAACAAUACCGUGAAAAAAGUCCCCGUUAAAGUCCCCUCUGUUCAGCUGGCCGACCUCAGUCCUGGGAUGUGGUACAGGGUACGGGUUUUUUCCAAGGAGUAUGAGACCAUCAGCAGUGAAACCGUGACCUUUGAGACAAACUCAGCUUACACCAAGAACCAUGUGGACAUAGCCACCCAAGGCUGGUUUAUCGGGCUGAUGUGUGCGAUCGCCCUCCUGGUCCUGAUACUGCUGAUCGUCUGCUUCAUCAAGAGGAGUCGAGGCGGCAAAUACCCAGUGCGAGAAAAGAAAGACGUCCCCCUCGAUCCCGAAGACCAGAAGGAAGAGGACGGAUCUUUCGAUUACAGUGAUGAAGACAACAAGCCCCUCCAAGGCAGCCAGACAUCCCUGGACGGCACCAUCAAGCAGCAGGAGAGCGACGACAGCCUGGUGGACUACGGAGAGGGCGGCGAGGGCCAGUUCAACGAAGACGGCUCCUUCAUCGGCCAGUACACCGUCAAAAAGGACAAAGAGGAGACGGAAGGGAACGAGAGCUCGGAAGCCACGUCGCCCGUGAACGCCAUCUAUUCCCUGGCAUAGGGCAGCCCGUGCAGACCUGGCCGCCAGCCUAGUUUACGGGGGGAGAGAGGGGACACACACCGAUCGAACGACCACACGACCGCCAUCACUUGCAGGGACGAGGGCAACAACUGCAACUCCACACCCGAUCCAGGUGGUCUGCCGUGCCAUGCCCGCUCAUGGCGCCAAGCCAGUGACACAAGGCCCUUUGGGGUGCUGAUGGGGCUGGACUGAAUCAGAGGGAACAGGGUCCCCGGACUCCGCCGAAUCGCUGCCCUCAGCUUUCGGACCCGGACCGUCCCCUGCCCUGUCUCCUUUGCGUCCUCUCCUUCCCACCCCCAUCUCUCCCCCUCACCCCUAGUAGAUACAGCUUCACUAUUUAGUUAACGUCCUACGCAGUUCCUGCCUCCUUUCUCGCCCUCCCGAGAAAUAUCUUGAUUUCUUUCUUUUUGAAAUAAGGUCUCUCAGAAAAGAGGGGCAGGGCAGAAUCUUUCUGAGAGAAGCAAUGUGGAAUGGCAAUGUAACAGGGACGCUAUAUUCCCAGGAUCGUUGGGCUGCCGUAUUCCUGCAAGUCAUCCCUCCGGCCUUCUCUCGCGCAAGCCAGACGGACCAGUUGGUUACACAAAGACAGUAUUGGAGAGACCGGAGGAAUGUGGUACUUUCACCUUCCUCGCUCUGUGGUUUGGCUGGAGAUUGGGCUUUUUCCACACCAGGGUGGACCCCGGACGCAUGUCUGAGGACUGAGCUGGGAUAACCGUGCCGAACCCCACCCACAGAGAAAGAUUAAGGUGGAAGGGACUGCUUGAAAAGGCUUUCAGCUCCAGCCACUUACCUCUCAGAUGGAAGCAGAUUGAAGGCCCAGACCUGCAGUCUAGUCUGGGGUCAGGCCCGAGACCUAGGCCUGGGGCUGGACCUGAGUGUCUGACUGUUUUCCAGCAGAGGUUUGAAAUGAAAGCGGCUGCCAUUUUGUCUUCCCCUCCCUCCAGGGGGAAACGAAGACCCAGCGAAUUCUCUCUAGAGAUGAAAAAAUCAAACAGUGAACCCGGACAGAGGAAGCAAGGACUGCUCCCCGCCUUCCCGCCACACCCCAUUCCACUGUGGACAUUAAACACCUAGCCCCUUCCCCAGGGAGCUUGUUGGAGUUUGUUCCUGCCCCCCUCCACUUAACUCAGUUGUGGCAUUGAAGUUCAUGAUUUUGGCUGAAACUCUCAUGAGAACAUCCUCGGGCUUUUUCUUCCAAGAAUCAGCCACCCACCCAUUGGCGCUCAGGGUGGGAUUCAUGUUUUACUUUAAUCAGAGGGUUUCCCACCUCGAGGACUUACUCUAAUGGUACUAACAUCUCAGUAGUGACCCAGUCUAGGGCCAUCCCUCUCUCUCUCUCUCACUCUGUCUCCCCCAUCCCAACCCUCUUCAUAUGCCUUAACCAGCUUCUCCCUGUUCUCAGAAAUGAUCCAAGUCAUCUUCUCUCACUCAAGACUCGGGGCCGUUGAAGACUUUACUCCGAGUCAGGUUCCUUGCACAGCAUCACAACUCGGAGCCACGCGUCGGGCGCUGCCAUAGAGAGCAGCAUCAGGGGUCCUGGUGGCCUGAGCUCCCUGCCCACCACGCUUCCAAAACCAAAGGUACCUUAGCUACAGGGUUAAGGGUGUGGGUCGGGGGGUGAGGGUGCACCCAGAUCACAGCCUUCACAAGCAAAGGACAACCUGUCUCAGGCAGAAGGGAAGCGGCCAUUUCCAUUCUGCAAUAAUGGACUUGAUGCCGCUGGCGGGACUCCCUGGUUUGAGCUCUGGGGCUAUCCUGCCUUCCCCACUGGCCCCAGUGAGCGGCCAGAUAGCCACCCAGAAUGCUGGCUGUGUUGUGGAACCACAGAGGAAUUAACAGCACAACAUAGCUCCAAGUAGGAGGAAAUGGGUCACCCAGGGAAUGCCAUGGACCCUCCACCUGUGCACGAGCAGAAGUGUGGGGUGAGGGGUUGGAGGGCAGGGGUCAGGGUUGGAGUCUGAAUAGCGGUAGUGGAAGGUUUCCAUUUAAGAAGA